GGAUUUCGAAUUUCUCUCUUCAAUCCUGUGCAACUUCUGCCAUCUCUAAUCCCUUCCAUUGCUGGCUUGUUCUUCAUCAACCUUUUCUGCAUGGUUUGUGGUAAGUGUAGAGACAAAUAAUGGCAUAUAAGGUUGAUCACGAGUAUGAUUACCUAUUCAAGAUCGUGUUAAUUGGGGAUUCGGGUGUCGGGAAAUCCAAUAUACUUUCUAGGUUUACCCGAAAUGAAUUCUGUUUGGAGUCAAAAUCCACCAUUGGUGUCGAAUUCGCUACAAGAACUCUUCAGGUCGAGGGGAAGACCGUGAAGGCACAAAUAUGGGACACAGCGGGUCAAGAAAGGUACCGAGCAAUCACAAGUGCAUAUUAUAGAGGAGCAGUCGGUGCCCUUUUGGUGUACGACAUAACAAAAAGACAAUCUUUUGAAAAUGUACAAAGGUGGCUUCGUGAGCUAAGAGACCAUGCGGACUCGAAUAUUGUCAUCAUGUUGGCCGGAAACAAGUCCGAUUUGAACCAUCUAAGAGCCGUACAAGAAACCGAUGGUCAAGGGUUAGCAGAAAAGGAAAACCUUUCCUUUCUAGAAACUUCUGCAUUAGAAGCUCUUAAUGUCGAAAAGGCCUUCCAAAUGAUUUUAUUGGAUAUUUAUCAGAUAAUUAGUAGGAAAGCACUGGCGGCUCAGGAAGCCGCCGCUGCAGUUCCUACCCAAGGGACCACCAUAAAUGUUGGUGAUUAUAAUAAUAAUGGUAAACAAAAAGGUUGUUGUUCUCAUUAAAAGGAAAGUGUAUUUGUUGUAUAUUUGGUCCCUUUUUUAUGGAAAGUACACAUGGAAAUGAGAAGUUGAAAAAAAAGUAGUAGGAAUGUUGUUGAGAUAUUAGAAGGUUGGUUUCUUGCGUUAGAGAUUGAGAAAUAGGGUAAUGAAGUUUUGUAUAUGUG